CGCCUAUCUUUGGCGUCUAUCAUCUUUUGCUAUUUCGCUGACUCACAUAUCGGUAUCCGGUAAAACUCAAGUACAAUCCACACGACAAGAAUCCCACAUCGAAUUGUGAUCAGGCAACUGCAACGAUCGUCACUUCAAUUAUUGAUGCCUAUGUAACACAACGAACUGAGGUCCCUGAUAUUCCAACAUUUGCGAAUGAAGGAUUCCAACUCGGCUUCCAAAUGACGCGAUCACCCACAGCAUUACUUGCUCUGCAGGAGAUAUCUUAUGCACUCGAUAUUCCAAUAAACUCAAUUGAUGUGCAGAAAGACCUCCUGAGUAAUGGCGCCAAUUCGAUAACCCUCGUUCGCCUCCACUAUGCACUGAAAACCAUUGGCAUUCACAUGAAACUCGAGACUAUGGUUUCUGAAGUCACUAUCGAGCAGCUUCUUGGCCACUUGGCGCAGAGAAGUACAACUUCAGUCAGUCCCUGUAAUCGAUUCUUCAAGCGCAAAGCAGUGGCAAAAGUCGAGUCACCGUCUAAGCGUAACACUGCCGGCGUCAAACCUGAAAUUACCAACACGUCAAUUCUGAAGUACAAUCUUCGAUAUCCGAUGACCGAAAUCCAGCUUACACUUCUACAAUCGAGUUUGGAAAAUCCUGGUUCCAACAUCAUAUCUUACCACGAGACGCACUUACCGAGAGAUGUGCCAACACUUCGGGCAGCUUGGGCAAAGGUUUUACAACUUGAACCCUUGCUAAAUAGCUCUUAUAUCCUUGAAGGAUCUAAAGCCUAUAUUGUUGAGCGGAACCAUAACUCUAUAGACUGGGAGGAAGUCAUUGUCGCUGACACCAAGUCCUAUAACCGGGAAAUCAACAAACAGGACAAAGAAACGCCGAUAUUUGGACAUUGUUUUAGAGUCGUUACUCUUGCACCACACAAUGGCAAUACUGGAAGGAGUAGAAUUAUUUGGAGAGUACACCACGGAUUGAUUGAUGGCUACUCACACCUACUCCUACUCUCAAGGCUAGAGAAAGCUUUGCUGGGGGCUGCCCUUGGUCCAACAGCACCGUUCUUCCAGUUUGCAGAAAAUCUUCGAAAAUUACAAAACGACUCUGCGGCUUCCGGUAUGACUUAUUGGGCAAAAAGGCAUGUUGAACAUGACCGGCCGGCAUCGCGUUUGUUGCUCCCAACUCCUGCCAAAUCUCUAGCGCUUCGGGGAGAGUGCAAUAUUUUCGAGAGAUCCCUUGAUCAUAGUAUUCUCGCGACUUCCUGCAAGAAGAUUGGAAUAACGUUCCCGACAUUAUAUUAUGCAGCCUGGGCCUUGACCAUGGCACGGUUUACGGAUUCGUCAGAUGUACUGUUCGGAACAGUAUUCAAUGGGCGUUCAUUGCCUAUUGCGGGAAGCAAUUCGGUAAUCGGCCCAACCAUCAAUACACUCCCUGUUCACAUCAGGAUCGAUUCUAGCUUGACUGUUGCUCAGUAUCUGCGGGAUGUGUUCAGGGACAUCUUAGAGCUGAAUUCAAUGCAGUGGACAAUACCCAACCAUGGCUUCAGUCGGAACUUUCAAACCGCCUUAAACAUACAGAAUACGCCACAUUUCGUGAGAAGAUCUCUUUUACCCAUCGAAACACCUUUUAGCACGAUUCGUUCGGAUGUUCCCCUUCAAGUGGAGAUUGUCCGUGGGACCACCGACUUGAUACGAUUUCAUUAUCAAUUAGAACAUUUCAACCAAUGCCAGAUCGAGACAAUCAGCGAGGUCUUCACGUCUGCAAUAACGAUCGUUCUGAAACCAGACGCAACCGUAGGCUCUUGCCUUACAUCUAUCGUAGACAGCACACAUCGGAAUACGUUGAGCUGUUGGGGAAACUGGAACUCUAUACAUACACGAACUGCUUCUUUCAAGGAUGAUCUAGUUACUUUAUUCCAACGAACUGCCUCCCAGUAUCCUUCGGCAAUAGCAAUACAGAAAGGAUCUCAAACGAUGAGUUACAAAGAACUCGAUCUGAAGUCAUCGUCUGUGGCCAGGGCGAUAUCGGCCAAUGUUGAAGUGGGGGAUGUGGUAUGCGUGCACGCCGAUCGUUCAUUUAAUUGGAUCAUCGCGAUAUAUGGGGUUCUCAAAGCUGGAGCGAUUUAUUGCCCGUUAGUCGAUACCCUUUCAGCCUCUAUACGCGAUUCGAAUUUCCUUGCUUCAGGUGCUAAGGUUUUUGUUGCCGGAAAAAAAAUCGAAACCCGGCACAAGCCAGCCUUUAGUGGGAAGACUAUUACAGUCGAAGACAUCUUGCUUGGAGAAUACGCUGGGGGAAUAGUUCAAAAAAAUGUAUCAGCAGGCCCACACCCUGACCGAGGAGCGUACCUCUGCUUUACAUCUGGAUCCACUGGAAAACCUAAAGGUGUCUUGUGCCAUCAUCGAGGGCUUGUUGCCUUCCAACGAGAUUUUGACGUCAGGCUACAAGCCCGCCCGGGUUGGAAGAUAGCGCAAGUCAUGUCUGCAGCUUUCGAUGGAAGCAUUCACGAAAUUUUCUCAACAUUUAGUUACGGGGCUACACUUUUGCUCGGGGGCUCAAAGGGCAUCAACCACCUGAUGGGAGCGGACGCAGCUAUCCUCACCCCCUCGGUAGCCAGAGCGUUAGAUGUUCAGAGCCUUCCCAGCUUGAAAACGGUUUAUUUCGUCGGUGAAGCGGUGACACAAGACCUGUGUGAUUCGUGGGCGUCGGAAAAGACGGUGUUCAACAUGUACGGCCCGACUGAGGCAACAUGCGGCGCGACAAUAAAACGGCUUCACCAGAAUCAUCUCGUCAGCCUCGGAGCUCCAAAUCCUUCGACCAGGAUCUACGUUUUAGACAGCGCGCAGAGACUGGCACCUCUUGGUGUAAUCGGGGAGAUCUAUCUCGCUGGUGUGCAGGUAGCUUCGGGCUAUGUGGCAAACAGGAAAGACACCGAAACUCGUUUCUUGUUUGAUUCCGUCAAUCCACAGUUUGAUGAGAGGAUGUACAAAACUGGCGAUAAAGCGUACUGGAACGAGGGUGGCGAAUUGGUGCUUCUUGGUCGUUCAGACCGACAAGUAAAGCUCCGCGGUUUCCGCAUAGAUCUAGAUGGUCUAGAGGUUCAGUUUCUUGAUGCUCAAGAGAAAGGGAUGGACGUUUCGCAGGUUGCCAUUGUAGUCAAUGAUGGCGAUCUGGUGGCGUAUGUCCAGCCUGAGAGCGCAGACGUGAAUAAACUUCGACAAUCCCUUCGAACACGGCUUGCACACUACGCUAUGCCGCGAUGGAUUGUACCUAUAGACUCAUUUCCAAUGACAUCAGCCGGAAAACGGGACUACAAGAAACUCGAAAGCUCCGCGCAAUAUCUUCGAGUUCAAUCAGAUAUCGACAUCAUUACUGAGAACGUCACUCUGCUAGAGGAUCUUAUCAUCUCUAUCCUAAGAGAGACCUUGAUAUUGCCAGAUGAUGUCUUGAUUCCUCCAACCUCGAAUUUUAUUGAUCUUGGAGCGAACUCAGUCUCGUUACUAUCUUUGUCACACCACAUCUCUAAGGCACUUUGCCGAAAGGUGCCAUUACAAUCAGUCAUGCAAUCGUCAACUCCACAGGAUCUAGCAUGGACGCUGUCAAUUUCUGAGCUUGAUGCCGCAGGCAACGAACCCGAGAGCGAUGGCCUUAUGUUAGGUGAAGAAAAUGUCUCACCGAUCGAAGCAGACUGGUGGUACAAAUACAAAUCUCAUCAUGACACCUCCGCUUUCAGCGUCAGUUUUGCAUGUAAACUAGGUGCAGAGGUUGAUGUACCGAGGUUGAUGAAAGCGUGGGAUAGAGUUCUUUCGCAGCAUCGCAUACUCCGUUGCAACUACCGCUCGGAGCCUGAUGGUAGGAUCGUACGAACGUACGCGAACAAUCCUCCAAAAACAUGUUUUCGAGAACUCUUCGAUCUUGACACUGAGAUGCAUGUCCCCUUCAAUUUGGAAAAGGGAAAUCUCAUUCGGGUCAUCUGCUCGCCGAAAACUAUGUUGGUGGUCAUCAGUCAUAUCCUAUGUGACUUGACAACUUUGGACAAUCUGCUUAAUCAAGUUGCAAGGAUCUAUGCUUUCCGCGAUCCGCAAUAUUCGAACAUGACUUACUCGCAAACGCGAUGGAAUAAGAGUAUCACGUGUGCUCAGCGAGCAUUUUGGACCACAUGCUUCGAUAAUAUACGCCCGUUUUCGUUCAGGCAAAACGAUAUCCCGACAAGAAGUACUUGGGUGGGAGAUUCCCAUUUAGUUCGGAUUCCGAAUUUGACUUUCAGCCGUAUGAAGAAGUACACGGCAAUACAAAAAGCAACAAUGCAUCAGCUAGCUUUAGCGGCCGUGAGUUUGGCACUACAGCCUGAUCAAAGAGAUAAGGACAUUGUCAUCGGCGCCCCAUACCUCAACCGGAACCCAGAGAGUGAGAUGGGAACUAUUGGUCUCUUCCUUCAGCCUUUACCCAUACGCAUCAAGUACAGCGGCAAAACAACUUCCUCCUCGGAUACAAGCUCUUACAUUCGAGCCGUGCAGCUGGCAAGCCGCGAUGCCGUAUCCCAUGCUUUGCCGUUUCACCAGCUCCUCUCUAUUCUGGAUGAUAAAUUUGACACUCCCAAGAGUCAACUGUUGGACUUCAUGGUAACUUUCCACGAUGCUGGAGAUAUGCCCAAGUUAGAUGUUCCUGGCGUUGAGCCAAUCAACACCUGGACAAGAGGCGCAAAGUUUAAAUUGAUGGCUGAGUUUACAGCUAUGAGAGAUGGGAGUCUAAUGUUAAGGUUGGAAUAUAGUACAGAAUGUUUCACGAAGGCUGAAGCUGAGAUUGUUGGUAAUAGAAUCGUGGCAUCGCUUGAAGGGCUGAUCACGAAAGGAACUCUUGAAGAGAUAAGGCAAUAAGUAGGCGCCGCGAAAU